AGGCGAGGCAAGCGGCAUGGAAUCAGACAAGUAAACAGUAAACAACACAGCACAUUAUGUGUGCCGUACAAACUUUGUGUGUGUGAGCGUGGCUGCUUGAACCGCUUUCAGUACGAAACUAUACGCGGUCCGCCGUCAUUCAAUACUUUGACUGUCUCUCUCUCUUAAUAGCCGACCCACUACUGUCGAGCUUUUCACCGCCGUCCAUAAUCUGGGCCAUCAUAACCUCACAUUUCAAAAAGCCCGCUCUUUUUUUACGGAGAAUGACGGAUAUUCGCGGAGUUACGUAACUCACGUCAGCGCUAUCGCGACACAUCUAGGUGCGAGUGAUUAGUGACUCAUUCGGGUUUGACAAGAUUUUGACAGGAUUUUCAUUUUUUCAAAAAAAAAAUACUUUUUAACAGCUUAUAUGGAUUUUUAUGGAUUUUGUUUUUGAAACAUGUGGAAAGGUUGACCCUGGCAGGUCAUAUAGGUGAAGUGCCAUACGAAUCGAGCGUAAGUUGGUCAAAGAGUCACUACCCAGCCGCCACAAGUCAUUGGCCCUCAAGCAUUAGGCAUUCCAGAUAUAGUGACGAUGGAACUAUGGAUCAGGACAUGAUAGACGGGGAUGGUGCUAUUAACCUUUCUACAUCGCAAAGGCCAUCUGCUUCAACCACUCCAAAUGACAGUGUCCAUCAAGAUGAUGUCGAACAGGCGGCAUCAUUAGAAAAGGUUCUAAAAGAACAACAACAGCAUCAGCAGCUUGAGCUAGAAAGAGGUGGUUGGGACCAAGACAGAGGAGAGAGAGACCUAAAGGGUAAUGGCAGCGUUAGCCCCCCUAGCUCAGAGGCAAGAAUCCAAAAUGAUUCCCCCGUGUCAGCACCGGACUCGCAGAAAAACCUCAGUGCGACUAUUCCACCUAUUUCCCAGACUGAGUCCAAGCUAGGAAACGACUAUCCACCUUACAGCCAAGCACAAAGUGCUGGCCCACAAAUGAUGUCAUCUCCAGCUUCAAACUUACACCAUAUUCAACAGUUGCUUCAACAACAUGUUCUCAGCCCUACUCAACUUCAAAAUCUUAUGAAGCAGCACUCCAUUUUGCAACAUCAACAACAGCAACAUCAGCACCAUCAGCUGGCUGAACUGAGCAAAAAACAAAUGGAGCAGACUAUGCAACAGCUGCAAGAACAGCUUCAGUUGAAUCUCAUCCAACAGACACACAUCUUGCAGAAUUCUGAUAAAAAGAAAGCGUCAGGAAGUCUGCAGCAGUUGAGUUUACAACAACAGCAAAUUAUACAGCAGUUACAACUGGUACAAAGGCAAUAUGUAAUGCAUCAAGGUAUGGGCAUGCAGCCAUUGAUGAUAGCUCAAGGACAAGGAUUAAAUUCUAGAGAAUUGAUGAGUCCAUGGAAAGAAAUGAAUGAUCAGCAACAUGUAAUGAAUAAUAAGCCACCUUCUGAAAUAAAUGACAAUACUCCAGGACUUUUAAGCAUACAAAGUCGAACAGGUAGGGAAGACUUACUUUCAGAUGAAAAAAAUAUUAGGGCAUCUACCCCAGAUAGAGUACAUCAUCAUCUUUAUGGACAUGGGGUUUGCAAGUGGCCUGGCUGUGAGACAAUUUGUGAAGAUAUACAAGCAUUUAUUAAGCAUUUAAAUACUGAGCACAUUUUGGAUGACCGAUCCACGGCACAAGCGCGUGUGCAAAUGCAAGUUGUCUCUCAAUUAGAGCUUCAACUUCAAAAAGAGCGCGACAGGCUACAAGCAAUGAUGCACCAUUUGCAUUUAUCUAAACAAAUGGGCUCACCUGACCCUCAUAAAGAUUCCACGGGAACAGGACCACCAAAAAUACCCGUUAGUUCUACAGUACCUCCUCCUCCUGUUAAUAUGGGACCAAUGGUUUCAGCAGUACGGUCUCCAGUUUUACAUUCUCCAGCACCAAAUGUUGCUGGGCCGAUAAGAAGGAGGUUGAGUGAUAAGUCUGCUUUAUCGUUGGCAGGUGGAUUGCCGUAUAUGUUAGAACGCGCUGGAUUAGAUGUUCAACAAGAAAUCCAAAGAAAUAGAGAAUUUUACAAAAAUGCUGAUGUACGACCGCCUUUUACUUAUGCUUCAUUAAUAAGACAGUCUAUCAUCGAGUCACCAGAUAAACAGCUUACACUUAACGAAAUAUAUAAUUGGUUUCAAAACACAUUUUGUUAUUUUAGAAGAAAUGCCGCUACAUGGAAGAAUGCGAUUCGCACCAAUCUGUCCCUCCACAAGUGUUUUGUGCGGUACGAAGACGACUUUGGCUCGUUCUGGAUGGUGGAUGACGCCGAAUUCGUGAAGCGUCGCCACCUCUCUCGUGGCAGACCACGGAAAUAUGACCCAACCCCGUCACCCACUCCACCCCACUGCGCACAGGGUGCCUCAUCUAAAAGUCCAACUAUGAAUCACAGUCCAACAUUAUAUGCGGAUCAUAUGUCAGCUAAUCAGUUUAUUCAAGCUUCAUUGAUGGAAGAUAAUAGCCUGUCAUUUUUGACAAAUCCUUCAAUGAUGCCAGCAAGGCCUAGAGAUCGAUCUGAAUCACCACAUGAUCAUCAUAUAAGGUCACCCAUGAAUGGCGGGCUUCAUAUAAAACAAGAGCUAAUUAACCAAGAGCACCAUAUGAGAGAGCAAGAAAAUAUGCAUCACAUGGUUAAAAGAGAAAUGCAUACAGAUGCCUACGAUGAUAUGGAACAGGAUCAUCAAGCUGAUAAUAUGGCCGAAGAUUUGACAAUAUCAUCUGAUCAUGGCGAUCAGCAACAAAAUAUGUUAGACGCAUAGUAAAUAUAUCGAAAGUGAUAGACACUUUAUUUAUAAAAACAGGAUCUCGAAUUCCACAGACUUUUAUUAAUACAGAUUUUUUAGGAUAGGUAGUUGAUUUUUUGGCAACUCCCCCUCUUGGGGGAUUGAUUUUUGUACAUUUUGCUGUAAAUAUUAAAGUGAGCUAUAGGAGUUAACUAUAGAAUGAGUACUGUUAAUUGUUUAGGUACGAAAUGAAGUAACUACUAUAGGCAGGUUGAGAUAUGACUUAAGUUCUUUAUAUACAGGGUUAUUUGUUAUUAAUGUGGUGUAGUGUUGUUGAAUUUUUGUGUCAGCCAAAUUUCUAAAAAUUUUAUAUAAUUUUAAUUUGAAUCUAAUUAACGAUGAACUGUUUUACUUAGAAGUCCAAUUAAAUUUGAGUAUCAAUCUAUAAAAGUUUCUUUAACUGUAAUAAAUUAUAAAUAAAUAAAGGAUAUAGACUAAAAUCACAUUGCAAACUAUGUAUAGUUAUAUACUAUAAUUUUGUAUAAAAACCUAUUUUAAAAUUAAUUUGUUUAGUAGUGUUAAUAAUAAUAAUAAUAUUGGGCAUUGUGAUAGCGGCGUAAAAUAAUUUUGCCGUACUUCUCUUCCACGUAAGUACGUAAUCCAAUUUGGCUGAGCCAAAAAUAAGUCACUGUCAGUAAAAAUAAAUUUCUUUUAGCAUAUCAUUUUUGCUAUGGGGCGCCUCAUACUUAUACAAUACUGUGCGAGAAGUGUGUAUGUCAAAAUAUUUGUGUUCUAACUUAAUCGUUGCGCUCAUAUAGUGAUGUAAAAUAAGCAAUACUGUAAAAUAUUAUCGUUAAGCCACGUGCUAUAUAUUUAUCUUUACAAAUGAAAAAAAAAUUCCAUAUCAUUACUUAAAGUAAAGGCAUAUAUCAGUGUAUAAAAAAUUGUAGGCAAAUCCGAUUUCCUAGGUCUCUUUUUAAAUAUUUAAUGAUAAUCUCUAAAAAACAUAUAACGCGCAUUUUUUUAUACUUUUUCAGGGUGCUCUAUAGCCUAUAUGAGUUUUCGUUAAAAUAGUUUAUAUAAUUACACUAAUAUUGAUAACAUGUUUACUUAAAAUAAAAAUCAAUUUUUAAUAAUGAUUCAAAAAUAAUUUUAAUUUAAAAGAAAAUUUAUCUUUUUAUCAAAUUAUCGUUUAUGAUAGUUGAAUAUCCUCUUUUCAUAUAACCACCCUGUUCGAGUAUAAAAUUUAAUAUAUGCACAAUAAAUUUGCCGUAUAUAGCGUGUCUAUAGAAACUAUGUGUAUGGUAUAUUUUUUUUUAUACACAUCUUGUACAUUUGUGAUAGUUUCUUUAUAUCGGUGCUUCUUUAGACAGGUCUCUUUUGAUAAGUAUUGUUACUUUUCAUUUGGGAAUAAAAAUUGAUCGAGAAACGAGUAAAUGUUCGUUAAAUCCAACAUAUCAGUAUAGAAUUGAUGCAUAAAUUGCGAAUAAUGUAAUAAUUAACGGCUUAGCCCCAUUGUUUCGAAGUUCAUAUAUCGCAGCAAAUUUUAAAACAGACAUUAAUUGUUUGUAAAAUCUUGAUAAAAAUGCAAAUGAUUUUAAAAUAAUGCGAUUUUAUUGAAAUUCAUAUAUGUUGGUCAGUUUUUAAUCCUGGAUUUUUAUUUUAUCAGUCUUGCAACAAAUUUAUUGUGAAGAAGUUAAUUAUUUGAAACAAGUUGUAAUGUACGAAAUUAUAGCAAUAUAUAUUUUAAAAAUAUAUUGUUUCUGACCAAAUAUUAUACGUCAACUUAUAAAACAUUUUAAGUACGGCACUUUUUCAUUAGCGAGUAAAAUAAUAAACUUCUUGGUAAUAAUUUUAUGAAGUGGUAUUCCUUACUAUGACCUUGUAAAAUUAGCCAAUAUAUGUCUAAUCAUAUAUCGCCAAAGUACAGUUUAAUUAUAGAACCUUUUAUUUAAUUAUUUUAUAUACUUAUUAUUGGUUUUA